AUGCAUCCACACCUUCAGAGCCUUGACCACAGCCAAAAGUUCCCGGUCCCCCACAUCAUAGUUUUGCUCUGCCGGACUGAGCUAUUUCGAAAAGAAAGCACAGGGGCGGAGCUUCGGUGGCGUACCCAAGCACUGAGACAGCACAGCUCCUAUCCCAGCCUCGGACGAGUGCUCCGCCUGCUACCUCAACUUCCUGGAGAACCACCCCAGCACCGACCAGUAGUGUCCCCUCUGCAGCCACAGCUGGUGCAGGGAAUUGUCCCCCCUCCGGCCCCUCUCAUAGCAGCCCCUCCCAACUCCAUCGGUGUUGGAUCCAAGGUGCUGGGAAAUGGAACGGACGGACCCCGAUCCGGACAUCUGUGGGAGGCCAACAGGCCGACUAAAACUAAUACUACUACUACUACCACUACGACCACUAGGCCUACUACCACUACUACUACUACUACUACUACUACUACUACUACUACCACUAGGCCUACUACUACCACUAAUACUACUACUACUUCUACUACUACUACUACUACUACUACCACUAGGACUACCACUAGUACUAUUACCACUAGGCCUACUAUCACUACGACUACUACUACUACUACUACUACUACUACUUCUACUACUACUACUACUACCACUCUGCCUACUACCACUACUACGACCACUAGGCCUACUACCACUACUACGACCACUAGGCCUACUACCACUACUACUACCACUAGGCCUACUACCACUACUACGACCACUAGGCCUACUACCACUACUACUACCACUAGGCCUACUACCACAACUACUAUCACUCGGCCAAAUACCACUACUACUAUCACUAGGCCUACUAUUACUUCUUAUUCUACCACUACGACCACUAGGCCUACUACCACUACUACGAUCACAAGGCCUACUACCCCUACUACUACCACUAGGCCUAUUACCACUACUACGACCACUAGGCCUACUACCACUUCUACUACCACUAGGCCUACUACCACUACUACUAUCACUAGGCCUACUACCACUACUACUACCACGAGGCCUACUACCACUACUACUAUCACGAGGCCUACUACCACUACUACUAUCACGAAGCCUACUACUACUUCUUAUUCUACCACUACUACCACUAGGCCUACUACCACUACUACGAUCACUAGGCCUACUACCACUACUACUACUACUACUACUACUACUACUACUACUACUACUACUACUACUACCACUAGGCCAACAACCACUACUACUACCACUACUAUCACGAGGCCUACCACCACUACUACUACUACUACUACUUCUACUACUACUACUACUACUACCACUAAUACUACUACCGCCACUACUACUAUUACUACCACCACUACUACCACCACCACUACUACUACCUCUACUACUACUACUACUACUACCACUACCACUACUACUACCACUACCACUAAUGGGCCUACUACCACUACAGCUACUACUACCACUACUACUACUACUACUACUACUACUACUACUACUACAAUGACAACUACUACUAAGGCUUCUACCACUACUACUACUACUACCACUAAUACUACUACCACUAUGGCUACUAACACUACUACUACUACUAACACUAGGCCUACGACCUCUACUACCACAACUACCAUUAGGGCUACUACCACUACUACUACUACCACUAGGCCAACUACUACAACUGCAACUACUCCCACUACUACUACUACCACUACUACUACUACUACUUCUACUACCACUGCUACUACUAAUAUCACUAGGGCUCAUAUCACUACUACUAUUACCAGUACUCAUACUACUUCUACUACCACGAGUACUACUACCACUACUACUACUUCAACCACUAGGCCUACUACCACUACUACUACUACUACCACUGGUACUACUACCACUACUACUACGUCUACCACUAGUACUACUACCACUACUACUACGUCUACCACUAGUACUACCACAACUACUACUACUACAACUACUACUACCACUUGGACUACAACAAAUAUAUCUAUUACUAAAACUAGUACUACAGCCACUACUACCACUACUAGCAUUAGUUCUACUACCAAUACUACUGCUACUACUAACACUACUACUACUACUACUACCACCACUACUAAUACUACUACCACUACUACUACUACUACCACUAGUACUACAACCACUACUACUAAGUCUACCACUAGUACUACUACCACUACUACUACGUCUACCACUAGUACUAACACAACUACUACUACUACAACUACUACUACCACUUGGCCUACUACCAAUACUACUAUUACUACCACUGGUACUACAGCCACUACUACUACAACUACUUCCACUACUACCACUACUAAUACUACUACCACUACUAGCAUUAGUUCUACUACCAAUACUACUGCUACUACUACCACUACUACAACUACCACGAGGACUACCACUACCACUACUACCACUACUACUACUACUACUACCACCACUACAACUACUACUACCACUACUACUACCACUAGUACUACUACCACUACUACUACGCCUACUACCACCACUACUACUACUACUACUACUACUACUAUCACUAGGCCUACUACCACUACUACUAUCACUAGGCCUACUACCACUACUACUAUCACUAGGCCUACUACUACUACUACUAUCACUAGGCCUACUACUUCUUCUUAUUCUACCACUAAGACCACUAGGCCUACUACCACUACUACGACCACUAGGCCUACUACCACUACUACUACCACUAGGCCUAUUACCACUACUACGACCACUAGGCCUACUACCACUACUACUACCACUAGGCCUACUACCACUACUACUAUCACGAGGCCUACUACCACUACUACUAUCACUAGGCCUACUACCACUACUACUAUCACUAGGCCUACUACCACUACUACUAUCACUAGGCCUACUACCACUACUACUAUCACUAGGCCUACUACUACUACUACUAUCACUAGGCCUACUACCACUACUACUAUCACUAGGCCUACUACCACUACUACUAUCACUAGGUCUACUACUACUUCUUAUUCUACCACUACUACCACUAGGCCUGCUACCACUACUACGACCACUAGGCCUACUACCACUACUACUACCACUAGGCCUACUACCACUACUACUACCACUAGGCCUACUACCACUACUACUAUCACUAGGCAUACUACUAAUUCUACUAUCAAUAGGCCUACUACUACUACUUAUCCAACCACUACUACCACUUGGCCUACUACCACUACUACCACUUCCACUGCUACUCCUCCUCCUCUUCCUCCUCCCCCUCCCCGCUGUGAUAAUUCAAGUAAGACUGGAGAUCCAGAGAUAUUAGACAGCUGA